AGCGGGCUGUGGGCUCUGAUUGUUUCUGAUCAGUUGAAGCUUCACAUCUGAAGAAAAGACUUCAUUAGAAUUAAUCAACAUUUUAAUCAUUCUUUGAAUUUCUGGAUUUUAUUCACUUCACAGAUGAAGGUGGAGAGUUUACAGAAGGACAGCGAGUCGGUCUCUGUGUCUUCAGACCGGCCCGGUGGCGGCGGCAGCCCGGACUCGGCCCAGCGCUGCAUGUCCCGGCUGCUGAGCGCCGUGGAGAGCGAGCUCCAGGCCGGGCGGGAGAAGGGCGACCCGACGGAGCGGGAGCUGAAGGUGGCGCUAGAGGACGGCGAGCUGUGGAGGAAGUUCCAGCAAAUCACCAACGAGAUGAUCGUCACCAAGAACGGACGUCGCAUGUUUCCCGUCCUGAAGGUCGGCGUCUCCGGCCUCGACCCCAGCUCCAUGUACUCCUUCCUGCUCGACUUCGUGCCCGCUGACGACUGUCGCUGGAAGUUCGUGAACGGGGAGUGGGUGGCGGCCGGCAGGGCGGAGGGCCGCGGCGAGGGGCGGGGCCACGGCGGCAUCUACAUCCACCCCGACUCGCCGAACUUCGGAGCUCAUUGGAUGAAGGCGGCCGUGACCUUCAACAAGGUCAAACUCACCAACAAGGUGAACGGAGGAGGACAGAUCAUGUUGAACUCGCUCCAUAAGUACGAGCCUCAGCUCCACAUCGUCUGUGUCGGUUCUAACCAUCGUCUGGUUUCUAACGUUUCCUUCAGAGAGACGCAGUUCAUCGCUGUCACCGCCUACCAGAACGAGGAGAUCACUGCUCUGAAGAUCAAACACAACCCGUUUGCUAAAGCCUUCCUGGACGCCAAAGAGAGGAACCCGGGUGGACGGAGUUUACCAGACUCGUCAGAGUGUCGAGUUUCUGGGAUUCAAUCCUGCUGGUCGUUGUGUUCAGCUGGAGGAGGCGGGGCUUUCCCUUACGGCAGUAGCCUCCCACUGACAUCACAUCAUCACCAUGGUUACAAACACCACGGUUACCCGGGGCGACACGCCCCUUACCCCCCCGCCAACCUGCCAGGCCACGCCCACUCCACAGGUGUCCCGGUGCUGGACGGAGGCAGCAGCGCCCCCUGUCGGCUGACCUCUUCCUCCUCUCUCACCCUGACCAGCUCGUCUUCAUCAUCUCAGCCUCCUCAUCAGAACUCCAGUCAGUAUCCGUGUCCCUGGACGGUUGGAUGCAGUGAGCUAAGCCCAUCCCACCAACCAUGCAACGCUUUCCAUGGACCAAUCAGCAGCGAGAGUCAUAUGCAGCAUCGAGUGGGCGUUCCUGGCUGGCCGGCUGGCCCCACCCAUUCCUUCUGAGGAGGGAUGUGAUUGGUCGAAUAGUAAACCGCUGGUUACUAAUGAUCACUGAGUAUUAACAGCCCUGUCGUUUUACAAGCCAUUGACGACUGCUGGCUCCUCCCAUCUGUGUUUGGCUCCAUAUCCACGUGUUCUUCUAUGUUGAUGGCUAUUUUGACUGCUGGCGAUUUGCAGCUGUUUGUUAUUAUCUUUGAAAUUCACAGACGACUAUAACAAACUCAUGUUUCCCCCGAUGAGUCGAUGCAUAACUACCGUCUGCUGCUGGUGGCAGCUCCUCGUAACCUCUGGUUAUAUUUGGUCACUUAUACCGGAGUGUUAAUAGAAUUUAAUGGCCACUAGUUUUAAAUAUUUUAUGUAAAUAUUCAGUUAUUAAAUGAACACACUUAUUUUGUAAAAAGUACUAAUUAAUAAUGGUUAGUUCCGAUCCAGAUUCUUUGACACCCUCUGUAAUGUGGUGGUAUUAUGGCGCCCCCUGGUGUUGUCAUAAGGGAUGAGCCAAGUUGUUGUCUUUAUUUAAAUGUCUGCAUGUGUGUGUUGUUGUGUGUUCGGUCGUGUUUGAAGAAGUAUUAUUCUAUAAAAACAUGUUUUUCGUCCAGGUUUGUUCUUUGUUUGUUUGUUGUUGUUUCUCGACUUCUUAAUAUUUCUG